AUGGAGGCUGAUGGUUUUGUGCAAGACGCCAGUGAGCACUCGAGACUUCACCUGCGUCCACAGGGCCCGGAGCGCACGUCCUGGCCACACCCGCACACCACGGCCUUCGGAGCCGGGCCGCGGGAUGACGCCCCUGGGCCGGCCGGUGGACAGCCCAAGGCGAGCGAAGAGCGUGUCCGCGGGCUUGACCAGGCUCCUGGGGAGAGGAAGGGGCCGGACCCCCCCCCCCCCUUUCGGUACUCUUUUCGGGCCCUCCACUCGGGGGUCGCAGCUCGUAGACUGUGUACCAGCUGGGAUGCGGGGGUCUCGUUGCAGUGGGAGGCGCGCUGCUCUUGUGGCCCCACCCCCGGCCAGCGGCUGCGCUCCGGGAGAGGCAGGACAGGGCUGGCCUGCGGCCCUGGGGCCCGGCCCGCCUCCGACCCGCGGCGCCACCUGCAGGGGACCUCGCAGCAGGCCCGGGCCAGGCCUCCGAGCGGUCCCGAUCGCCCCGCCUGCCCAGGCCGCCCACGACGGACACACUCGGCCAGCCCCGUCCCGCCCCCUGCGCCCGGGUUCCGCCUUCUCCGCGGGAUGCUCCUCCCCCUACCUGCCCGGGGCCGGCCCGCCAGCUCAAGACACGGGUGGUCAGGCCUGCCGGGGGUGCACUGCGGCUUGGAACCCCUCGGGCUCAGAACGUGCGGAUGGAGGGAUGGAGACACAGACCCUCAGGCUCUGCGCCAGGGGGCUCCCUGGGAGGGCGCGAGCCACGUCUUCCAGGUGAGAAAACGCUGUCAGUAG